AUGUCGGUGGACAGCGUGUUCCGGACCCGCUCCCUCGGUGUGGCCGCCGAGGGGCUGCCCGACCAGUACGCCGACGGCAAGGCGGCCAAAGUGUGGGAGCUGUACAUCGGAGACCUCCAGAGCCGGACCCAGGAGUACAAGAGCUGGCUGGUGGCCCUGCUCAGGCGGCACGGCGUGCGCAGGGUGCUGGACGUGGCCUGCGGUACCGGAGUUGACUCCAUCAUGCUGGUGGAGGAGGGCUUCAGCCUGGUCAGCGUUGACGCCAGCGAUAAGAUGCUGAAGUACGCGCUGAAGACCCGCUGGAACCGCAGGAAGGAGGCCGCCUUCGACCAGUGGGUGAUCGAAGAGGCCAACUGGCUGACUCUCCCUGAAGACGUGGAGAAACCGGCCGAAGGCUUCGACGCCGUCAUCUGCCUGGGGAACUCCUUCGCCCACCUGCCGGACUUCAAAGGAGACCAGAGCGAGCAGAAGCUGGCUCUGAACAACAUUGCCAGCAUGGUGCGGCCCGGCGGCAUUCUCAUCAUCGACCACCGUAACUACGACUACAUCCUGGAGACGGGCCGCGCGCCGCAGGGCAAGAACAUUUACUACAAGAGCGACCUGACCCAGGACAUCAGCACCUCGGUUCUGUGGGUCAACAGCAAGCCCCACAUGAUCACUCUGGACUACACCAUCCAGGUGCCCCAGGCGGCCCUGCAGAAGCUUCCUGAAGUCAGUAAGUUCCGCCUGUCCUACUACCCUCACCGCCUGGAGAAGUUCAGCGAGCUGCUGAUGGACGCCUUCAGCGGCGCCAUGGAGCACACCGUCUACGGAGACUUCAAGGCCUACAGGCCGGCCCAGGCCCAGGCGCCGUGCUACUUCAUCCACGUCUGCAGGAGGACCGCCUGA